AUGGCUGUUUUGAUAUCAAUGUUGAUAAUUGCAAAGACCCAUCAUGAGCAGGUUGAAACACUAGAUGAAGAAACCAACCCAAUAAUUCUUGUUAAAUCUUUCAAUGCACUAGAACCAGAGGCCUUAAAAGCCGUCAAUAAGUACAAUUUGAUUGGGAUUGGGACACUAAUUCCUUCUACUUUCUUAGGUGGAAAAGAGCUAUCUGACACUUCUUUUGG